UGGCCGCUUUCUCCUCCUCCUCCUCAUCUUACCUGUCGCUGGCGGCGCUGGUGGGGGAGACGGUGAUGACGCCCUCGGGUCAGGCCAACGUCAUCUACCUGGCCGUGAACGAGAGCAGCCCGGGCACCCUGCUGCUGCAGCUGUGUGAGCUGCUGGCCACCACACCACUGCAGGGUUUGGUGUUUGAGGAGGAGAGGCCGCCGCCUCCGAACCGCGCUCCUCUCGCCCCGAUGCUGGAGUUCGUCUCCGCCCAGACGGGGGUCCCUGUGGUCGCCGUCGGCGGAGGGGCCAGCCUGGGACGGGAGCCACAGGAGAGCGGCUCCAUCUACCUCCAGUUCACCUGCUCCACCUCGCUGCAGCUCGAGGUGAUCUUCGAAGUGCUUGAAGAAUACGACUGGACCUCUUUCUCGGUCGUCACCACCCGUCACCACGGCUACGAGGACUUCCUGGCGAUGGUCGAGGGCAUGACGGACGGCUCCUUCAUCGGCUGGGAGAAGAAGAGCGUGGUGGUGCUGAACGUGACGGACGAUCCCGGCGAGGCGCGGACCAAACGGCUGCUCAAAGACAACGAAGCCCAGGUCCGCCUGCUCUACUGCUCCCUGGAGGAGGCCGAGGUGGUGUUCCGGGCGGCCUGGGCGUCGGGUCAGGCCGGGCCCAGUCACAUGUGGUUCGCCGUGGGACCGGCCCUGUCCGGAUUGGGCCUGGAAGGACUGCCAAAGGCCCUGUUCGCCGUCCGGCCGCAGGGCUGGAGGGACGAGCCACGCAGGCGCAUUGCCAAGGGAGUCUCCGUCCUCACCCACGGGGCGAUGGCUCUGCGGAGGGACCAGGGGGCCGCCAGCCGGGCGCAGUACGCCGGGAACUGCCAGAGCGACGGGAACCAGACCCACCGAGUGCCAGACAGGAUCAGGUACUUCACAAACAUAUCCAUCGGUGGGCGGGACUACUCCUUCAACAGUGACGGCUACCUGUCCAAACCGCUGCUGGACGUCAUCUCCUACACCAACGGCAGAGGCUGGGAGGAGGUCGGCUGGUGGGAGAACGGUCAUCUGCGCCUCCGCUACCACCCUUGGUCUCGGUACGGUUCCUUCUUGAAGCCGCUGGACGACGCCCAGCACCUCCGGGUGGUCACGCUGGAGGAGAGGCCCUUCGUCAUCGUGGAGCCCGCCGACCCGGGUACCAGCUCCUGCAUCCGGGACUCGGUGCCCUGCCGCAUGCCCGUCAACUCCAGCUUGGUGGUGGACAGCGCCGGACCCAUGAAGCACUGCUGCAAAGGCUUCUGCAUCGAUGUCCUAAAGCGGCUGGCCAAGAUCGUUGGCUUCACCUAUGACCUUUACCUGGUGACCAAUGGCAGGCAUGGGAAGAACAUCGAUGGGGAGUGGAAUGGCAUGGUGGGAGAGGUGGUUUCCAACAGGGCCGAUAUGGCCAUUGGUUCGCUCACCAUUAACGAAGAGAGGUCGGAGGUCGUGGAGUUCUCUGUUCCCUUCGUGGAGACGGGUAUCAGCGUCAUGGUUUCCCGCAGCAACGGCACCGUGUCCCCCUCAGCGUUCCUCGAGCCCUACAGCCCAGCGGUGUGGGUGAUGAUGUUUGUGAUGUGCCUGUCGGUGGUGGCUGUCACCGUCUUCAUCUUCGAGUUCUUCAGCCCCGUGGGAUACAACCGCAGCCUGCAGAGCGCCAAGAAGACUGGAGGGUCAAAGUUCACCAUCGGUAAAUCUGUUUGGCUGCUUUGGGCGCUGGUCUUCAACAACUCUGUGCCUGUGGAGAAUCCAAGAGGAACCACCAGCAAGAUCAUGGUGCUGGUUUGGGCCUUCUUCGCUGUCAUCUUCCUGGCCUCCUACACUGCCAACCUGGCUGCCUUCAUGAUCCAGGAGGAGUACAUCGACACGGUGUCUGGCCUGUCAGACAAGAAGUUCCAGCAGCCCACGGAGCAGUACCCGCCGCUGCGCUUCGGCACGGUCCCGAACGGCAGCACCGAGGAGAACAUCCGCGCCAACUAUCCCAACAUGCAUCAGUACAUGAUCCGCAACAACCAGAAGGGCGUGGAGGAGGCCAUUGAUAACCUGAAGACGGGGAAGCUGGAUGCCUUCAUUUAUGAUGCCGCAGUGCUGAACUAUAUGGCCAGGAAGGACGAGGGCUGCAAGGUAAUGACAAUCGGCUCCGGUAAAGUGUUUGCCACGACGGGCUACGGAAUUGCUCUGAACAAGAACUCCCGCUGGAAACGCCCUCUGGACUUGGCUCUGCUGCAAUUGGUCGGAGACGAUGAAAUCGACAUGUUGGAGCGUCUCUGGUUGUCGGGAAUCUGCCACAAUGAUAAAAUUGAGGUGAUGAGCAGUAAGCUGGACAUCGACAACAUGGCGGGAGUCUUCUACAUGCUGCUGGUGGCCAUGGGGCUCAGCCUGCUGGUGUUCGCCUGGGAGCACCUGGUCUACUGGAAGCUGCGGCACUGCGUCAAGCGAUCCGGUGGGAUGGACUUCCUCCUGGCUCUCAGCAGGGGGAUGUACAGUUGCUGCCAGUUUGAAGAUGAGACAACACCGGGAGGGAGCAAGACCUCUUUACCCCAGUACCACACCGUGACCACCAUGCCUACAGUUGCUCAGCAGCACCUCGUUACAGCAACAGUAAACAACACCACAGCCAUUGCUAUGGUGCAGCAGCAACCGCAGCAGAAGCACCAUCAACAGCAACAGGGGCAGACUUAUACCACUAUGCUACCAGGAUCACCACCGACUACAGGACAUUCAGCGAUGGCUUUGGGUCCUUCAAACAGCCCCCUAUUGGAAGGCCCCAUGCCGUGUUCCACUUUCUUGCCUCGCCACGACCGCAGACUGGCAGUGGUUGAUCGUUGGAACAGACCAAAGCCAGAGAAAGUUCUGAGCACAGGCAGUGGUGGAGUAGGUGUUGGAGGUAUUGCAGGAGGAAUCACCGACAUACAGGCCCAGCAGCAGUAUCAGCAGAAUCUCGGACAACACUGGAGCCUGCAAGGAGGUGUUACAGGUGGAGCAGGGGUUGUAGGAGACACCGGACUCGAUGAAUAUAAGCGCUAUUAUGGUCCUAUAGAUCCAGAGGGGCUUGGGGCAAACUCAGAUCAGCAAGUAGGGGUCCCCCAGCAAACUCCCAAAGUCAAUCCCCGAAGCUCCAAAGCUUCAGGCAUGCCACGACUGCCUCCAAAAGGCCCACCACAAGGCCCAGGACACUUAAUCUCCAAGCCUCCUCCCCCACUCCCAUCGUCUCCACGAAGGCCUCCCUUCUGGCGACGCGGAAGCCUAGGUCAAGCAAGGAGAAAGAGCUCAGGAGGGCCUUUGUACGAGAAUAUACUCCCUCUGGGGCGGCGAGGAGGUGGGAGAUAUGGUGCAAGUGAUGGGGUUGGAAGGAGAGGGCGUCGGCCACCUCCACCUCCACCUCUUCCUGUACCACUUUCUUCCCCAACGCAUACCCCGACAACUCCGUCCUCUCCUUGUCGUUUCUACUCCUCCUGUUCCAGUGCCUCGUCCUCAUCUUCCUCCUCCACAUCCUCUUCAUCAUCUUCCUCAUCUUCUGUGUCGCUUUCUCGGUCAAAUUCUCCCUCCUCGUGCUCCAGUGAUAGCUCCUACAACUCCUCCCUCAGUUUCCGUUAUCGAGCAGGUGAUCGGGAUUUUACGGUGGAUGACGAAUAUGACUCCGACCUCCUGACGGAGGAGUCCAGCCUUCUCCUGGGGUCACGUCGGAAGAUUCGCUCACGCCGAAUGUCAUCGCGCUCGCUGCCAUGCAGCCCACCACCUCCACCAAUCCCCCCACGGAAACCACGUCCCCAGAGAGAAUAUGGCAGAGAGAGGACUGGCAGCCAGCUGGCCCAGUUGCAGGAGUGGUGGGCGUCAUGGGGAGACCGAGAGCGAGGGAGGAGUGGAGCAACAACCCGAGGAGACGGAGCUGUGGGUAGAGAAGAAAAGAGACACCACAAAGAGAGGGAGCGAGAGAGGAAGAGGAGAAAGAAGGGCCGGAAGAAAAAAAAGAGGGAAGAGCGGGAAAGAGAAAGAGAACGCAAGCGACGCAAAGCAAAAAAGAAAAGAAAAAAAGAUGAUAAAAUGAGGAAAAGAGAACGGAAGAGGUCAGAACAGGAAGGAGCAGAGCCUGAUAAAAGGGAAGAACUUAAAGCAGGGACACCAGAUUACCCAUCAUACCCACCAUUGAGGCGAGAGUCCUUUCGUAAAAAGAGUGAGAGCUCGAUCAGAAGCUACGGAUGGAACAUCCCGGGUGAAGAUGAAAGGAAGGAAAGAGAUGAGAAAGAAAGAGAUGAUGGAGAAGACAGCAGAGGAAAAGAAAGACACCACAGACGGAGGAACAGCAAGCACUACCACAGCUCCAGCAGUAAGCCUUCUACAUCAGUCAAGUUCUGGGGAGGGGGUAACCCAUCCUCUGAUGCUAUCCCGUCUGCCUUUCUGCCCUUGUUGCCUGCAUCCUCCAAACGGAGGAAGAGUAAAAGUUCAGACAGAGACGCUGUGGGAAUGGAAGGAGAGCGGAGGCCAUUGUUGGGACGGAACGAAAGAAGUGAGAUGCAUUCCAAGGAGGGGUUGUCCUUUCAUGAAUGGGAGUCUGAAGUAGAGGAUGAAGAUGAUUCUGACCAGGAAAGAAGGAAAACAGAGCGUGGCAAAAGGCGUGGAGGAGGAAGGACAAUGUCCGAUGAGGAGCGAGAGCGUGAUAAGGUGGUUGGGAUUUAUUCAGACGAUGAUGGCUCUUCGGGGGAGUUUGGGAAGUUCGAGAGAUACUGGGAAGACCACGAAGGCAGGGCAGUGGGAGGAAUUGGAGGAGGAGGUUGGUUCUUCAGCACUUAUCCAUCAAGGGAUAAAGCAGGAAGCAUCAACAGCAGAGAUGACCUCUUUCUGGAGCGAGGAGAGAGGUGGGGAACAGCUGAAAGUGGGUGGGGGUCAAGUGCAGGUGGAGGUGGUGGAGGGGAUGGAGCAGAAAGAAGUUGGGGAUCAGGUUCACACUGGCCUGCACCUCCUCUCACACCACCACCUCCACGACGAUACUGGUCAGUGGACAAGCUCCACAUACAGGAUGAGAAGAAGAGUAAACGUAAAUCAAAGGAUAAAGGGAGAGCGCACACAGCUUGCUCCUCCUGUCAUUCCCCACGACACCACCAACAGUCUCAUUUGUCCAAAUGGGCCCGUGCAACAUCACGUAGCCAGGAAGAGCUGUUCCACCACUGCCAGAGUUUUGGUGGUCCCUUUAAGCCGAAACAUGACUCCUCAUCCUCAUCCAAACCCGAUCGAUCACAGAAUCCAUCCAAAUCUGGCAGCCAGUCAAACCUCAGCAUUCAACAGCGGACACAGAGAUCUGACAGGGAUCGAGAUCGAGGAAGACAGCCGUCCCCACCUUCGAGCCUCAUACCAAACAUGCCACCGUCACUCCCUGCCCUUCCAGCUCCCCCGUCUUCAUCACACUCAAUCCAUGCUCCUCCCCCUACCUCGUCCUCGUCAGUAUCUUCUCCCUCCGUGGUCUCAUCUGCACCUGGGGCACCCCAGGCCUCCUCCAUGGCUUCGGCAAGUGCCAAACUGCAGUACCAGAGAUUGCGCUCUGUACCCCAACCCCAGCGGUUUCCUCAGUCUCCUCACUUACCACUCAAAGCCAAGAGCCUUUGCUCACGAAGGGGCUCAGCCCAUUUCUCCAGUGUGGAGAGCGAGGUCUGAAGUUCAACAAGGUAUCAAAGUCAUAAGAGAGUCCUGCAAGGCUGGAGCCGAGCAGGUAUCAGGAUCCGAAUCUGCCCUGGCAGCAAACAUAGCUGCACAGCCAAGUCAGUACAGCAUACGCACUGAGCCCUUUCCUAAAGUUCUGCACAAACAAACCAGAAAGCCAAACGAACCCACUGGGGACGGUCAAAGGAAAACAGGAGCAAUCUUAUGUUUACUGUUGUUUCCUUUUAUUCCUCUCAGUAUGUGAAAGACUACAACCACACUGACAACUUGGUAUUCUGAACUGAGUUAACCAAUACAAUAGAAUAAAUCGGACAUCAAAAGUCAUACAACUAAAGGAAACUCCUUUGCUAUAGAAAGUAAAGGGCUUUGGAUGUUGAAGCAGAGCAGUAGUUUGUAUUCAGAGGAUUCUUAAUGCUUACUGAGAGCUCAGGAACUUUAUAGUACUGUAUGCCUGCUGCUCUCGGAAGCCUUUAACACAGAACAAUGUUCCUUUUUUUUUUCCU